AUGGCUCGCAACGGGACCACCAACAUCGCCGACGUUCCGACCUCUGAGUCUCACUCCGAGGGACACGUCCCUGGUGCACGGAGGGCUGAGGAGCCCCGCAUGACGAGAUCCCAUGCCCAGGCCUUGGCGGACGCAGCCGCGGACGCCCCUCAAGCCACGCUAACGCUCGAGGGCUUGGAUGAACGUCUCCGAGCUGUUGAGUAUCAAGACGUACGUGUGGAUGACCUAGAACAAGAGAUCUCAGCCAUUGGUGGGAACACCAAGGAGAUGCUCGAGGACUUGGCUCAACAACAACGGAUUGAUCGAGGCUUGAACGAUGAGAACUUCCGGCUUGUGCGAGAAGCGCACGAGCGUGAGGUAACCAAUCUGCGUAAUUUGAUUAACGAACUAAAGCUUGAGUGUAGGUUGCACAGGGACAUAGCUCAGCCAGCCCCUGCUCCAGCCCCGGCUCAAGUUCAUCACCACCCGGCCUUCAAGGUUCCCGAACCAACGUUCUUCAAUGGAACCCGAAGUGCCUCGGCGGUUGAAGGCUACAUCUUCGCAAUGGAGCAGUACUUCGAUGGCCUCGGUGUCGUGGACGACUACUCACGUGUGAGACAUGCUCCCACUUAUCUCCGAGACUUAGCACAGCUUUGGUGGAGACGUGUGUUAGCGGACCAAGAAAGAGGCGAUCGACGAGUGGACACUUGGGCGCAAUUCAAAGAGGAGUUGCGUCGGCACUUCGUUCCAUCCAACGCAGCGGACGAAGCCCGGACUAAGUUCCGUAGGCUUCGCCAAACAGGGAGUAUCUCGGAUUACAUUCGGGAAUUCUCUGCUUUACUUCUUGAGCUUAAUGAUAUUUCUGAUCGUGAAGCUCUCUUUUGUUUUAAAGAUGGCCUAAAGGAGUUUGCUCGUUUGGAAGUGAAUAGGAGGGAUUCCCGAACCCUAAAUGAUGCCAUUGCAGUCGUGGAGAGUCUCCCGGAUUACUCCAACAGACCCAGCAAUCAACAAGCUCGACCAAGGGAUGGGAAUAGACCUCGGCCUUCACACCAACACCGAGACCAAGCUCCAACCAAUCGGCCAAACUACACCCAAGGCUCCGGACAAGCAAGGGGGAAGUCUAAACCACCUAACCCUUGCUAUGUGUGUGGAGGUCCUCAUUGGGUCCGAGAAUGCCCCAAGAGAAGCAAGGUCAAUGCCAUGGAGACACAACCCGAGGCGAGACAAGACAAAGGCAAAGGCAAGGGCAAAGUCACCGAGAGUGAGGCGGCCAGCGUGGGCUCUCUCCAUCAAUUCGGGACUAUGUCCAAACCGAGCCCAUCCGAGAACGCUCUAGCCUCGGAAUCUCCCAACCGAGGCCUUCUCUAUGCGGACAUUCUCCUCUACGGUAAGUCCGUUCCAGCCAUGUUUGAUACAGGUGCUUCUCACAACUUCCUUGAUGUAGGUGAAGCAAAGAGGCUCAAGUUGAAGUUAGAAGGGAAUGGCGGAUCGGUCAAGGCCGUGAACUCCCCAGCUCAAGCAGCCAUUGGUGUAGCCCGAGGUGUUAGGAUCCAAAUUGGAGAAUGGAUCGGGAAGACGGACUUCACAGUCCUGCCCAUGGACGACUUCCGAGUGGUCCUCGGCCUUACCUUCUUCAGGUCGGUAAGUACCUUCAUUCCCGCUUCCACUUCUUCUAUUGUGAUCUUGGACAGGGACAAACCAACGGUGAUACCACUACGACCUGCCCCGAGAGACUCCACAACUCUCUCGGCCAUGCAGUUCAAGAGAGGGGUCAAGAACUCGGAUAGCUACCUGACCACCAUCCGAGACUUGAACGACUCGGAAUCCUCGGAUCAACCUCCUAUCCCAAGCGAGGUACGUGUUGUUUUGGAUUCUUUCGCAGAUGUAAUGCCCGAGGAGCUACCAAAGAAGCUUCCUCCGAGACGAGGGAUAGACCAUCAGAUCGAGCUCAUCCCCGGGACCAAACCUCCUGCCAUGGCUCCCUACCGGAUGGCUCCCCCCGAGCUAGCUGAGCUCAAACGCCAAAUAGAAGACCUCCUGGACGCAGGAUACAUUCAGCCGUCCAAGGCACCCUACGGAGCCCCUGUUCUAUUCCAAAAGAAGAAGGACGGGUCGUUGAGGAUGUGCAUUGACUACCGUGCACUCAACAAGGUAACCGUAAAGAACAAGUACCCUAUUCCUUUGAUUGCUGACCUCUUUGACCAGCUUAAGGAUGCUCGGAUCUUCUCCAAGCUGGAUCUUCGGUCAGG